CUGCUGGGCACAAGCUCCAUUUCAAAGGCAGGAUGUGCAGCUCAGGUCUUCCUUGUGUUAUUCUUUGUAUUUGUAGAGUUACUGUUUCUCACCAUCAUGGCUCAUGACCGCUUUGCAGCCAUCUGCAGGCCCCUCCAUUACCCUGUGAUUAUGAGCCCUCGGCUGUGUGUCCACAGCACACUGGCCACUGUGCUCAGCGGGAUCAUCUAUGCAGCACUGCACACCAUCAACACCUUCAGGCUGCCCUUCUGCCACUCGCAUGCUGUCCAGCAGCUCUUCUGUGACGUCCCCUCUCUGCUGAAGCUGUCUUGCUCUGACACCUUCAGCAACCAGAUCUCGAUUUUUGUCUCUGCUCUGGUGGUUGGUGGCGGCUCUUUCAUUUAUAUCAUCAAGUCUUAUAUUCACAUCUUUUCUACUGUGCUCAGGUUUCCAGUGGGAGUAGACAGGAAAAAGGCCUUUUCCACCUGUGUCCCCCACAUCCUCGUGGUGUCUGUCUUCCUCAGCUCUUCCUUCUAUGUCUACCUGAGACCCCCUGCAAUGUCUGCUGGUGUCAAGGAUAUGGUCCUGUCUGUGUUCUACUCAGUAAUUCCUCCCCUCUUCAACCCUAUCAUCUACAGCCUCAGAAAUGAACACAUGAAGGGUGCCAUCAGGAAACUCAUGGCAAGAAGGUUGUAUUCAGGAAAUAUAUUGAGAAUUAAGGAGGCUUUUCCAAUCCAGCUUAGUCAUAGUCAUGCUUUUCACAAUUAA